AUGGAAGAAAAUAAACCAGAGAAGAAGAGGACAAAGCGAAGAAAUGCAAGGCUACCUUCGGAAGAAAAAGAUGGAUCAAGGGCGAAGAUAGAACGAGUCUGCGCUCCAGCUGACUACAAGAUAAUGGAAGAACUUAUAGAAGACCCGGUGAGCGAAGAAAAUGAGCGAAGAAGGAGGGCUUUUGAAAAGUGGACUGAGGAGUCACACGAAGAGUUUGCAAAUGGACUGGCUGUACAUGGAAAGAAAUUCCGCAAAGUGGCUGACCAUCUUCCAGAAAUGACUGUAGCAGACUGUGUAGAACAUUACUACAUGACCAAGCCCUUUGACUUCAAUUUUGAGGAGUGGCAGGCUAAUGAAAAAGCCAAAGACGACGGUUUAGAGCCUUCAUCAAUAGAGUGCAAAGGGAGCUCUUCCGAAGGGGCUGAAGCAUCAACUACAUCUGAGCCCCAGUCCAGCUCUCCUGUAAGUGAACUAUCGGACGCAAUAAGAGAGGAGAAACUGAAAAUUUCUGAGAAGACAGAUUAA